AUGACGGAAGAAGACAUGAUGCGCUACUUCCAGGAUGCGGGUUUGGACAUAGCAGACUUUGACAUAACACCCUCGCACAUUCGAGGCGCCCGGAUUACCAAAAAGGCACAUCAAACCUCACUAUCCGAAGAGGGUGAAACAAUGGGCCGCAUUUUCGAGAAGGCACACCUGAACAUAACAGAUUUCUUUGUACGACUCUCACCCACCGGAACCGGGCUCACAGUUGUGCCGGCAAAGAGCACACCAAUUCGUCCUACCUCGGCUGCCAUUUGCUUCUCAGACCUUCCCGGAGAUAUAUUAUACACUGUUGCCGAGCACUGUGACCGCCAUGACCUGCUACGCUUUUGCCUAGCGUCGAAAGCUACGAUGGAAGCAAGCGUCCCUCAUAUCUAUCGGCAUGUGGACCUCAGCACGCACAAUCGAGGUCUCGUUGAUUGUUAUGGGUACGAGCCGCGGAAAAACUUGGCGUUGUAUGGACCUCGGGAAGAGCAUUCGGAUAGUGUAAGGUGCAUCAAUAUACCGGUGGAUAUGAUAUCGAGGCAGGAGACUUUCAUUAAGACCCUGAUGAACCGGGCGGAGUACAGGAAGUACGUCCAAGUGUUGAUUUGGACGUUCUUGCCACCAACUGGCCAUUGGCGAAGAUUCAGCAACGACGUCGCGAAGCCUGCUUUCUGGGACCUAAUGAGAUACCUCGACAAUGUCAGGAAGUUUGAUCUGGCAGACCUUUCGCAGCAUUGGAGUACCGUGUCUCCACGACCUUCCCUAUUACAGGGUCCGUACUUUCCCAAUGCUUCUGCCGUACGUCUACUCGGCGUAAUGGAGCCAGUUAUAGCCGUGUCGAUACUGUCGACGAUCGAUCCAACGAAACUGGUAAGCCUCACUCUUGACAACGUUCAGUGCUGCGGCAAGGCCCCAUACGGCACGGUGUUUGCGCCUGUUCCAGGGUCGCGUCCGUCGCCUUUCAAGGGGGAUACAAAAGCCAUAUUGCCGCAGUACAGGAAGUGGUGGUCGGCGGAUUCGGAUUUCGUUUGGCCGGGCCUUAUGAGAGGCCUGUUGAAGCAUCUCACCGGUCGCUGCACGGGAUUGAAGUCGUUGACCCUACGCAAAGUGGGUGAUAGGAAUGUUGAGGAAUGUGACCUGUUGCGGGGGAUGAACGAAUGCUUUCUGCUGGCUGAAUGGUCCGCCUUCAUCCAAUCGGUGUCAGGAACUUUGGAAGAAUUCAGAUUCGAGCAAGGACCGCGACAGGAACGUCAAUUCGAUACGAGUAUUCGUGUUCAUCCGGUCCGGAUGAUGGAUAGGCUCUUUGGAUCUACAGUGUUCCCUGUGCUUCUUGCCGGACCAUGGCCGCGUUUGAAGAUGAUGGAGGUCAGAGGGGUGAGAUCGUGGAUCGGUCACGGGAUGAGGCUUCGGAAAGUCAAGAUUGAGGAGCAAUACGAAGGCGUGCCGUUCGUUGUCUCGUUAGAGGAUCAACUCAAGGCGGCAGUGGGGCGAGGCGUAAGCGUGAUUGUGGAAGGGAAGGGUAGGACGUUUGAUCUGGUGGGAAGACCAGGGCUGUGCGGGACACGGAUGUCAUGA